AUGGACGACUCGCUGCGCUCGUCGAAGGAGGUCCUGCACUCGCAGCUCGUGGCCUUCAAGCGCACGACGCACUGGGACGCGCUCCUGCCGCACGAGCGCGCCAAGGUUGUCGACCUCGUUCUCUCGAGCUACGUCCAGCUUUGGACCCGCCGGCCCGAGGACCACUUUGACUGGAACAGCAUCAAGUACCGCGAGCUGCUCAAGAUGGUCGGCGUCAUGGCCGGCACUGUAUCUGAACGAAACCGGAUCCGCCACGAGCAAGCGCGCCGAACGUACGACGCGAUCCUGGCGAGCGUCGAGCGGGUUGAGUUCGCGUGCUGGCGCCGCCCCGACGCGCUCGCCUCGUUUGCAGUGUGGCGAGACGAGCUCUGCAGCGGGGCGGGCUUCACGAUCGUCAAGCUUCAGCGCAUCGAGCACAUCGCGCCGGGCGUCGUCCUGCGCGUGCUCAACGCCGCCGUCGACCAGGUCGAGACGGGUCUGCAAGCCGGUCGCCUUCCUGCGACUUUCCUCCCGUCCGGCGACGAGCUCUUCGUCAUCGCGCACACCUCGACCCAGAAGGACUCGAAGCGCUACGCCGACUUCCUCCUCUUCCUCUACGACCUCGACAAGCUGUACCGCACGCCCAUCGGCGCCUACUACGUCCCGGACGGGGUCUACCUCUCGCAGCUCGACACCGCGCUCGAGACGCUCCACCACCCCGCUCAGCAAGCCCACUUUGCGCGCCUCUCGCCCGGUCAGCAGCUCGAGGCGCUCGACAAAGGGCGUGGCAUCCUCUUCUCGGCGUGCGCGGAGCUGCGGCGUGCGGGCCGUCUGCCAGAUCCGGCGGUGCGGAUCGGCCGAUUCUACGAGGCCAUCUUCUGGCCGCCUGUCGACGAGCAAGGUGUUGUUGCCGGCCCGUCGCACCACCUCAACUUUGCUUCGCCGAGCGACGCUGCCGGACUAGGAGCGCCUCACGAGCCGACACAGCAACCAUCCCUCCUGCCCUCAUACUUCCCUCACCAAGCCGCAGCCCCUUCAUCCUACUGGCCUCCCGCCCCGCAGUACCACCACCACCACCACCUCCUGACCUCGCCCUCGCACUCGACGCCCGCCUCGUACGGCUACAGCCCCUCGUCGAGCGCCAGCGCCAGCAGCUCGGCCUACUUCUCGCCGACGAUGCCGCAGGGGCGCUCGCCCGGCAUGCCGCCGCCGUGGCUCGCCGCGCAGGGCGUCGGGCCGCACGGACCUGCGCAGCUGCAGAUGCAGCCGCAGCCGCCGGCGAGGACGGGACGACCUGGUCCGUCGCGUGCAGCGAGCGGUCCGGCGUACGACGGGGAGGAGCGCGCGCGGCUGGAGGACUGGGCGAGGAGGAGGAGGUAGAACGAGCGCGAGCGUGAAAGUCCUCCUUGAGCGCCGAGAUC